CGAUAUGGAGAGACUGCCGAUAAGCUCGAAAACGAAGAGAUACUGUCGAAAGUGGAUUUAGAAACACUCUUUACAGUGUCUUGCGUUAGCAAAACCCUGCAAUCCUCCAUCAGCUCUCACGUCCUUCCAUUUCUUUCCUCCCUUAACCUCCCCUCAUCUCUGGUUCCAGACCCCAACACUCUCUCUUAUAUCCGGACUAAGUGCACUAACCUUUACACUCUCACUCUCAAUUGUCAACGCCUCCAUGAUCCUUGCGUCACCCCUUUCUUGACCCAACGCCUUCACCACCUCAAUUUGUCUUGCUGCUCUUUGCUCUCGUAUCACUUUCUUGCUUCCGUUGGACAGAACUGUCCUAAUCUCAGGGUGCUGAAGUUGGAAUUGGCAGAUCAAGGCUCACCACAUCUGUUUAAAGGGAAUCUUGGUUACAUGCUUAGUAGGUGUAAUUUCCUAGAGUAUCUUUGCAUUAAAAUUCGGGGCAUAUAUGUUGAUGCGAAAGUUUUCCAGUACAUUGAGUUAUUUCUGCCCAACACUAUUAAAAUUCUCAAGUUAAAGCCGACGCUUGAAGAAAAUGCAAUAGCUCUUGUAAACAAACUAGGAGCUAGUGGAAACUUUUCUGCAACAGAAGAAUUUAGCAUUCCUGUCUCUCCAGCAUCAUAUGGUCCUGCUCUGCUAUGUUUGUCGCUUGUCUUGGACGUUAUAUCUGAUCGCAGCUCUCUUCCUCUUCUAGUAGAGCUGGAUCUUGAGGAUAGGCCAAAUAAGGAACCUUCUCCCCACCUCGACUUGACCAAUACUGGCUUGCAAUGUUUAGUCACUUGUAGUCAUUUGACUUGUCUGUCGCUUAUACGAAGUAGAAAGAACUAUCAAGGAUCAUUUAAAAGAAUCAAUGAUGUGGGCAUGUUUCUCCUGUCUGAGAGUUGCAGAGAUCUGCAGACAGUGACCUCUGGUUUUUCUAAAGUUAGUGAUGCUGGCUUUGCAUCGUUAUUACACUCCUGCCAGAAGUUAAAGAAAUUUGAAGUUUGUAAUGCCUUGUUUUUAUCAGAUUUAGCCUUUCAUAAUCUAAUUGGGACUGCUUCUACCCUGGUUAAGGUGAGAUUACUGUCAUGCAGCCUCAUAACUAGUGAAACUGUGAAGAAAUUAAGCUUUUCUAGGAGCUUGGGGGUGCUGGACCUUUGUGGCUGCAAGAGUAUAGCGGAUUCUUGUUUAAGCUCCAUUUUAUGUCUUCAAAGACUAACUUCUUUGAAUCUUACAGGAGCUGAUAUUACAGAUGGUGGUUUAUCCAUUCUUGGUCAAGGGAGUCCACCAAUCUCAGAUUUUUCGUUUGCUCUGUGGUGGGGCAUGCCAGGAAUAUCAGACAAGGGCAUUCUUACUAUUGUAACUGCUGGUGGAGAAAUCACUGAAUUGUGUAUUAGGCAUUGCUUAGUGACCGAUUCUUCGAUGCAAGCACUGGCUACCAAGAGGAACUGCCAGGACGGGAAUAAGCAACUUCUGCGCCUAGAUCUCUUCAAUUAUUGGAUUGGUAUUGGACAAACUCGUUUGGCAAGUAAGGGGAUUGAUGCUAUAAUUGAAAUUUGUAAUCAACGACCAUAGCUGACCAUGUGUUUUGAUGGCUGUGAAAUGGGAUGUCAUCAUGGAUGGCGGUUCCAUAGACCAGAAAGCUAUUGAUUUUGUUUCAACUUCAUUUUACUGUUGAUGCAUUUUCUGCAAAAGGUAAGACCAAUAGAAGGCUGACCCUAUUUCCUGGGCACAUGGAUGGAAGGACAAGAAAGAUUAUGAGAUAUCUGUUUGAUCGCCAUUCUUGUUUCAGAGAAAAGAAGAAGGAAAAGAAAAAAGUAUCCCAGGUGACAUUUUCCUCCCAACGCCAUUUUAAGAAGUAGAGUAUGUUGGCCAUCAUUUGAGAUUUAGACUUCUUUCAUUCUAAUCAGUGUCUAAAUGAAUCCUGCCACAAGCUCAAUUGAAAAACCUAAAUGCAUGUGACUUUCAGGUUCAAAUGCAAUAGGCAGAACAGAGAUGGAUGCUAUAGUUCUCAUCCUUAAUAUCUCAUACACACACACACGCAGUAUGUCCUCUAUCCAUCUCAGAAGAGAAGGGAUUAGCGCCCUUCAUACAGAAAGAGAGAGAGAGAGAGAGAGAGAGAGAGAGAGAGAGAGAGAGCAGUACUGCUGGUUGCUGGUGAAGUGACAAUCUAGAUGGGGAAAGUAUUAAUGUAAACUUUCAUCAGAUCCAAUGAAAACAUGAACCAUGCACGUCUUAAUGAUCUUCUUUUCCCCACGCAUACACAUGUCAGGCAAGUAUUUAGACUCGAUUGCCAUUGUACAACGUUAUCUUUAUCAUGAAUAAUUGUCAGAUUUUCUUUUCCUUUUUAA